AUGGGCGCGGCCCUUCUGAGGGAGGAGACCGAAGCCAAGCCCGUUCGGAGCCGUCGCAGUUUGCCGUCCCUACCCGAAGCUGCUCUGGUGCCGGCUCCGUCCGGCUUGGCGCCUUUGGCUGCCUACUUCAGCUGCUCUUACCUGAAAGGCGAAGCGUUCGGAGAUGGUUCCUAUGUGACAAUCCUCGAAGAGGUAUGUCAGCACUCAGUCGAACGUUUUGUUGAAUUCUUCGAUCACCAGCCCAGCCAUACCCGGGUCUGGUCAGAGGUGUUGGACUUGCGGCUCGCGCAACCGAACAUGGCUGCUAUGGUGCUUUUUCACUACACCACCAGGGAUGGACUUUGGAGCCUCUUGGACUAUCAGCAGCCCAUCGGCGAGGCCACGGUCUCGUUGGUGGACUCCUUAGCAUGGUUGGACCUGCUUGCGGCCAAAGCGGCUGGACAGGCCCUGCGGAGUUGCGCCGGAGGUGCGCUGCCUCGAAGCCUCGCCGAGAAUCGCUGUCCCCGCGGUGUCAACGCGAUGUCCCGCUGA